CACCUGCCAACUCGACGUGGAGCCGUGGAGCAAUGUCUCUCGAUUUGAUUGUGCCAAUUUCGCAGGUGACAUCGCUGCGUUUGAGUCCUUCACGUGCAAAGUCGUUUGCGCCUGCCCGAAUUGCAAGAUGCGCUAGCCAACAUUCGGAGGAGGACUCCAGCUCCCUUGGACGUCGCCUCUUUGCUGGCUUCUUGGGCUUGGUGCUAAUCGCUCGACCUCGGACCACCCAUGCGGCCAGCGGCCCGCCUCCACCGGAGGAUGAGGUCGUGAACGUGAUUGAUGGAGACACUGUGAAACUGGCCUUUGCGGGGCGUUGCCGCCUGAUCGGAGUGAAUACGCCAGAAACUGUGGCACCCAGGCAAAAGGCGGGAGAGCCGCCAGAUUGCUACGGCCCUGAAGCUUCUGCAUUCACUAAGGGCCUGUUCCCUCCUGGUACCAAAGUCAAGGUCGAGCUCGAUGCCGAACCUGUAGACAAGUACGGUCGGCAGUUGGUGUACCUGUACAGGUCCAAAGACGGACUCUUCUUGAACGCAGAAUUGGUCAAGCAGGGUGCAGCACGCCGCUACAAAGUCGCGCCCAAUGUGAAGUAUGACGCCAAGUUCGUCGAGUUGGAGAAAGACGCCAAAGCUGCUGGAAGGGGCCUUUGGGGCGCUUGUGCUGGCAAGUCAACACCAUCUGCAGCAGCAGCACCGGCUGCACCCACAGCCUCUGCUGGACCUCCUCAGGACAUAAAAAAGAAAACCUGCAAAGAUUUUGCAAGCUACGAGGAAGCCAAGGCUUGGUUUGAUCAGUACUUCCCUCAGUACGGCGACUUCGCUGGCUUGGAUGGCGACAAGGAUGGCAAGCCUUGCGAAAGGCUUUUGAAAGCUAAGUGAUGAACUGAGCUUCGCAAGAGAUGUUUGAAUAGAUUAAUAGAUUCAUUCGGUGGCCUUUUUGCCACCCCUGCUAUAGAGACUGCCAAUUCUGUGCACUCAUUUACUUCUGCCGCUUGCCUCAUAGGCCAUGGCAGGGCAACACCCACUGACGCAACGACAUGCGAAAAAUUUGGUCCUUGGUUUGAUUGAGAACCAAACCAGGCGACAUGAACAUGCCUGGAGGGAAAGCAAGUGGUGUCGUGUGACUGGUUUCCUAAGUAGCCUCCAUGGUUUUCCCAUAUAUGUUUGCUUGUUCUUCCUGAUUUAACAUACUUCCAGAUGUUCUUCAGCUGGUUGUUUUGAAUUCCCAAUCCAAUAAUAUCCCAUAUGUUCUAUGUUUUUUCCGGUACCAGGUGCCCCCCCAAUGCAAAGACAGGC